AUGCCGCAUAAGAAGCAAAAUCAUGACAUCGUGCCAAUUGGUCGUACUGACACCGAGAUAUUGCCCAAAAAAUCUCUCAAAGGGAGUCAUGACCAAGAAUCAUCUUUGGUGGAUAAGGAGGAGCGCGCAUCUUUAGCUCAAUUGAUUGAGAGUGCAGACUUUGAUGCGAGUAAAGUACUGAUUCCUUCAAAUGUGGAAGUGAUUGGAGCACACAUUCCGUCUUUCUUAGGAGAGUCGAUUAUGAAUGGAGUAUACCUCGGUUCUCCCGCCGACCGAGUUGACAUCAUCAAGCUCCUCCACGAAAUAUCUGCAUCCAAAAGUACGAUGAAUCGCGAAGACCUAAGCGUUCACACCCAACAAAAAGCCGAAGCGCUUCAUGAUGCCUACAUCGUCGCUGCCAACGAAUAUGUCCAAUCAUUUCAAAAUGCCUACAACGAAUUCAUGUCCAGCAUCGAAGCAAUUGACAUGUCCAAAAGUGAAAAAGCUAAAGCUGCCCAGCUUUUCAAAGAAGCUAAUGAUGCUCUCAAAUUCGAUGUAAUCGCCCGUGAUUCCCGUGACCCCAAUACUUAUCAUUUUGCCUCUACCACCCCCAUUGAGAAAGCCAAACUUGCUCAACAACAUGCCGACGAAGCCGAUGCUCGCAUAGAAGCAUACCAACGCAAAGCUGUUCUCGCUUAUCAUAAGGCCAAUAAGGCUUUUUUUUAUCAUCAGCACGCGCUUCAAGGUGCCCAAGACGCCGGCACUACCGCCUAUUAUAGUCGACUUAACGGUCAGCAGAUCAGUCAAAUGCUUGAGGAGCUCAAAUUGACUUCAGGCAACUUCAUCCCAGAUAUAUCACUAAAAUUUGAAAAACAAGAAAAGAGUGAAUACGCCUUUCGCGAUAAGGUCCAACACAUUCAAAAAACUAUCGGAAAUGCUGCUAAAACGGCCUCUUCCGACAAUCCCGUAAAGCUUCUCAAUGGUCUGACAGAGAUGCAGACUGAAUUUUUUUUCCACAUGGUCAACCUACCGAAUUUGGCUACUUACGACGUUAUCUUGUUCGAAAACAGUGAGGCUGAUCGCCGGUGGGUCACACUUUGGUACAUCGUUUUUCGCGAAUUUUGCCUAAAAAACCCUGAGAUUUGUUCAAACGGAGAUCCCGAAUCCCCAAUCCAACAGAUAAUUGUUCGUCAAACGGCAAAGCGGCAAAAACUACACUAG